AUGAAUAUAGACUAAUUAUUAAAUGUUGUUGCUGAGAGGAUGGAUGAAUUUGAUAUAAGUAGUGUAGUAUAACAUUAUUUAUUUGAUUUGGCUUAAAUAGUAGAUGACAAUUAAAAUUAAGUAAUUGAUUUACAAAGUUUUGUAACAUUUUAUGUGUAACGAAUGGAAGAGAGUGGUUUAGAUGGAUUAAUUACAAUAACAAGAUUAUUAUAAUUUUAUCAAGAUGUACGAUCAUAAAUAUAAUGUUCUGUAUAAUUAAAGCAUAUCACAGACUAUUUGAUUUCAAGUGCAGAAUAAUUAGAUAUUCAUUUUAAUAAGAAGUUUCUUCCUAAACAUCUUAUAAGAACAAAAAAACGUUAACUAAUAGCUUCAGAAAUAUCACCACCAGAAAUACUGGGGUUGAAUUAGGAUAUGCUUAGGAGGUUAGAAAAUGAUCUAAAAACAAUUGAUACUAACAGUAAGACAUAAAUAAUAUAGGCAAUUACUCAUUAGAAUGAAUUAUUUCUUUUAAUGUAAUUUCAAGAGAGGAUAAGUUUAUUUGUGGGUUUUGAGUUUCAAAAGUUUAUUAAUCUGAAAAAGAAUGAUGAAGGCAAUUAUAUACAAUUUAUUAGUUAUGGUAAUGAAAGACUAGGAUGUGUGAUGCGUGAUUUAACAAUAGUAUUUUGGGAUUAGAGUGAUGGAUAUUAAUUUGAUUAUAAAGUAGAGAAUAAUGUAGAGAUUUCAAAAUUAAGAUAUCUUCAUUUAUAAGAUUAAUGGAUAAGUGUAAAUAAAUAAAAUUAAAUAAUGAUAUGGAAUUUAGAAACUGCUAAUUAUACUUGUAUUACUUAAUAAAUAAAUUCAAUAACAGAGAUAUGUGAAAUAGAUCAUCUUUAAAUGUUAUUGGUGAUAUCUAAUCCAAAUAUAAUUAAUUGUUUUGAUAUGUUUGAAUAGAAAUUCUUAUUUAGAUUUUCAACUCUUCAUAACAUAAUAACUAAUGUAAAGUAUUCAAGAACAUUUUAAUUAAUAUUUACAAUAGGUUUAGAUAGUUAAAUAUGUUGUUAUUAAUUACAUACAAAAUAUAAUGAUUAAAAUUUGAAAUGUUAAUUAAAAGGACAUUUAUAAACUAUAAGUUGUAUUGAAUUAUUAGAAAAUACAUCAUUAUUGGUUAGUAUUGAUUGUAAAAAUACAAUAAUAUUAUGGGAUAUUAGAUCUUAAUAAAUUCAUUAACAUAUUAAAUUGUAAACUAAAUUAAUGUCUAAAUAAUUAUUUUAUUAUAAUAAAUGUUUAUGUCUUAUAACAACAAGAUUAUAAGCUUUAAGAUUUGAAUAACAUGAUGACACACCUAAAAAUACAAAAUUAAUUGAAUUGAUUUAUGAUUAAUGGAAUUAAAGAAAUAUUAUUGUAACAAGGACAGAUGUGAGAAUAUAGAAUUGUAUAAAUGGAAAAAUUGAAUAUAUAUUAUAAGAUUUUAAGGAUGAGAUAACUGCAGUCUGUUUAAUAGAACAUAAUAAUUAUAUGAUAUUAGGAACAUCUGAAGGACAUGUAAUGAAAGUAUUAAUAAAAAAUGGAGAGAUAGUUUAAUAAUGGGAUUAAUUAUUUAAUGAAGAAAUCAUUAAAAUUUCAUAUGAUGAAACAUCUAAUUUACUACAUAUAUUUAAUAUUGAUUCUUCACUUAAAUGUUUACCGUUAUAACAUUUAAAUGUACGUAAAGAUAAUGUUAAUGCUAAAGAUAAAAGAGCUCUUAGAUAAUUAAUGCAUCAUUCUUAAGUAAAUAUAUGUACAUUUAAUCUAUCUCAUGGAUUAUUGAUUACAAGUAAUGAUGACUUUAUUACUAUAUGGAAUCUUGAAUAUUAUUCAGUUGUUAUAUAAAUUUAAUUAGAAGAAUAAGCUAUUGCUACUAGUAUUGUAAUAUCUAAUAAUAAAUAAUACUUUAUUGUAGGUACAAAUUAAGCAUAAUUAUAUUUUAUAUCUAUAACAUCUAAAAAUGAUCAUUAUGUAUGUGCAAUAGAAUCUAUUUUAAAUGUAGAAAGUGGUCUUUUACUUUUAACAAGUAUAAAUGAAAGAAAUUAUGCUACUUAAAUGUUGAUAGAUGAUUUAGAUUUAAUAGUUGGAUUGAAUAAUGGAUAUAUGUUAAAAUAUGAUAUAUCUGAAAUAAAAAUUUAACAAUAAGAUCCAAUUAAUACUAAACCUAAUUAUAAUCCAUAUAGAGUUAUUUAUCAUAAUAAUAUUUAAGAACAUUUUAUUGAUAAUUAUAGAAUAAUUAAUUCUUAUUUAGUUAAAGAUAUUAAUAUGAGUCAACAUUUAAUAUAAUUAUAACGAUCUCCUAAUUAGAAAAUUAAAUAAAAAUUUAGAACAGGAAUGACUAGAUUGAGUGCAGUUAAAAAUAUGGCAGGAUAAUUUUAUGAUUAACAUUUUGAUAUUCCAAAUUAAUCACCUACUUUAAGUGUUUCAAUACAUUCAGAAAGUGUAAUAUAAUUAUCAUAUAUGUAAAUUGAUCCAUUUGAAGUAUUAUUUUCUACUAAAACAUAACUUAUCAUAUCAGCAAGUAGUAAUGACAUUAUAAAAAUAAUAAAUAAAUAAUUUGAAGUGUUAUGUUUAUUUGAAAUUAAUAAUCCCACUUCUCAUUUUUGGAAUCUUAAUGCAUAAACAUAUAAAUUAAAAGCACAUAUCCUUUUUGCUCUCGAAUUAUUAAAGUCUAUUCAACAUAAACUUACAAAAGAAAAAUAGAUGUCUUAUAAUAUUGAUAAUAUUUUAAGAGAAUGUUCUUUAAUAUAUAUGAAAAAUAAAUAUUAUCCAUCUAAAAUAUAGAGUCAUACUUUAAAUAAUAAUUAAAAUAAUAUUACAAAUUCUCUUCCUGAUUUAAUUAAUAAAAGUAAUCAUUCUCUUAGAUUUUAUAAUGAAAAAAUUAAAUAUUAAAAAUAAUAAUUAGAUAUAUAAUAAUAAGAAAAAUAAAUUGAAGAUUCAGCUAAAAAAAGAAAUAGAUAUUUUUAAACACAAUAAUUAUAAAGUUAAAAAAAAGAAAUAUUAGACUAUUUAAGAUCUGAUGAUAAAUAAAAUGAACAUGAUGAUUUUGCUAAAACUUUAAUUAAUAUGCGUAUGAGAACAGAACCAAAAAGCAAUCUAUAAAUCUCAAAGAUAACUCGAACAACCAAUUUUACAGAAAUGACCAAUCGUUCUUAAGUCAAAUUUCCUAAUCAUAGUAAGGAAGUAUUCAAUUUGAUUAAGUAAGUUAUAUCUAGUCCAAGUAAAAAAUUUACAGUUUAAGAAAAAAAUGAAAUAAAAUCAAAAUUAAAAAUUACAAAAAUGGAAAAGUUCAAGUCUAAAUUAUCUUGA